GACACGAACCAAUUGCGCCGACUCUAGUUCAAUCGGCAGCCUCGAGGAUGAAGGGGGGGCAUCCAUGACCCUUCCCGCCACCAAUGGACCGAGCCGACGGCGUCAAUCUUCUCUGGGAACUGGGACGGCGCAGAGCCUCAUGCUGAGGUCUGUGCCACACACCCAAUUUACCAUCGGUGCACAAUUGGGAUUGAUUCGACUAUGGCCGCUAGCACUAUGUAGCCGAGUCAAUUCUCGGCUGCGCCGCUCCGGGGCUGAUUUGCCCUAGGAUCCUGCAGAUUGAUCGCGAACCUGGGCCAUUUCAUUCGCUGCCGCGCCCGCCAGGCUGGACGCAACCCUCCCAAAUCGGAACAGAGCUGCUCCAUGUUUGCCCCCUCUUACUCGCCUGUGGUCGCGCUGGAGCAUAAAGAGUCGAGCUGCCAGAGCCUGGUGGUUUCCAGGUAAACCAGGCUCCUAGGUCCCUAGAAUGACGCGCCAACAUGUCGCUCCGUCCAAAUCAGCCGACACGGCCGUCCCUGAACCAAGGUCACCGAUCGAAUACCUGGGUCGUGACACCUGCAAAGCCACUGACCCAUGUUGAUCAAGACCUCGCCCCUCCGGCCUGUCUUUCGGCCGAGCCGCAUGGCCCUGAGGCCGUUCGAGACCCCCUCCAGCACUAUUUUGGAUGCAUUGAAAUUUCCGAGCGCCGUAACUUUCUCGACUUGGAGAUUACAGCCGAAGACGGUUCAAAGAUCAAGAAUCCAAUAUGGGAGUACGAAGCGGAGCUAGAGCGCCAGAAGCUCAAGGCGCAGGUCAAGACUCCGAACGAAAGCGGUCAGCGUGAAGAAAAAGAGGCGGCCAGGAUUGCACAAGAACAAGAGGUGGCAAUUCGCGUGGACAAGAAGAUUGGGAGUAUAGCAGUCGCUAUCGAUGCCCAAUACAAGAGGACGUUGAUACUGCGAGAGGCUCUCCGCAACGCACCCGACCCAGGAGCUUCGGCGCCCAGUAACGCCUCCCAGGCCACCACGGCCCCUCCGCCCGAGGUGAAAUGUGGCCAUCUGGUUCUCCGCGUCGAGGAAAGCUCCAAGGCCUGGAGGGAGUCAAAAGAGUACGAAGAUGGGAUUCUAAAGGUCCAGGCUUGGAAGGAGAGAGAAGAGUACAGAGGUUGGAUGGGAAAGUUUGGGCCAUUCCGCAGUGCCUGCAAGAAGAGAGUCGUUGAUCGAAACAUGCCAGACUCGGCAAUGGACCCGAACCGUGAAAAGAUCAGAGAAGUGGUCAAGAAACACCGGAAUGUCCAGAAACUUGACUCGGAAGUCGGCGACUACGAUCUUUUGAGAGAUGUCAACGCAUAUCUGAUACAAUACACGGGUACGAAAGGCGACAAAUCAGUCAAUUCUGUUGCAUCCACCUUAACUGCCACUAGGGACGUCCCCCCAACAACAGAUUCUUUCUCGCUGCCUAUGGAUAGCUCGGCAUCUGCCCGGCAGAGCAUGCAAGACGACCAUUUCAAGCCCACCGACGAGGAGCUAACAGACAUUCGAUUCAAGGGCAGGUUUCCCGACCAGCGGUUGUCUAUGAGUCUACUCCUCGACGACACACCGGAGCCGGGCAGUAAUAUCCUCUGGAAAGGGCUCUACACAGAGAAGGAUCCGAAGCGCAUACGAUAUUUCCACAUUCCGUCUAACAAUAUGGAGUGGAUAGAGCAAGUAAUUGCCGGGUACUACGGCGAGAAACGCCCAGACCUCGGGAGCAGCCAUCGGGAGCCGCUAGUGAAGACCCAAACUCGAAUGCUUCUCAGGCCCCAGUUUUGGCGUGGCCAGCAGAACGGCACACGCAGCGGCGUCGUUCACGCAAGGCAUAUGCGACCCCUCUGCGAGCGAAUAUCUUCAGAGAUCAAUGAAAUCGAAGACAACCCAAAAAACAUCGUUCUUUUUAUGCCGUAUCUGCACUGGGAGACGGACAGAAUGAGAAGCUCAGUAGCGAGAAUGAUUGACUUUGAGUCACAGAAACAGCGUGUGAAGACAGAAUCAUACAACUUGGAGAAGAGAAAGGAGCGCAAGAAGAUCCGGGAACAUCUGGUGUCUGGCGCAAGAAAAACAACACACGGAAACGAGCAUCCAAACCAGCAGAUUAUCGACAGGCUCAGUCGUAGCGAAGCACCAGCAAAGAAGGAUGACAUCCGGAUCGAGAGAUCAAUGUCCCAACUCUUCAAAGAUGUUGCUAUACACAUUGACACUGACCGCCACGGCCGACUGAAACUCAAGAACAUGAAUCGCCUGGGCCAGUAUCUUCUUGACGCUGCACGGCUUUACGAGGGCAUGUCGACCUGGCGAGACCAGAAUAUGCUGGAGAAGUAUCUGUACCACGAGCCCCCCCUUCACCCUCGACGGACAUUGGACCAAUCAUACUACUGGACCUUGAAGACAACGAAGGUUCGUGACCGGGAUCAGGUCGUUUACCGCGGAACCAACAUGGAUCUUGAGUUCCGCCACAAGCUACACAAAAAAGAGCCAGAGAAGAAGGAAACAAUCUUAUCUAAAUGGAUGCGGGCUAGACCCGCCACACUAAGCCCCGACAGCCCAAAGUCGGAGAAUGAGUACCAAUGGACGGACCACUGGAGCCGAACAGACGAGCACGGGUGCGACCAUUGUAAGAACGACAUCAAAAAGGUUUCACAACUUAUUAUGGUGGACCAGCUGUGGAUGUGGGUCCUUGACGAGCAGACCAUUGUCACGUCAUUUCCGAGGCGAUACGGUUACAACAAACAUGACCUUUCUGGAAUCCACAAGUCGAUCCGAACCCGGCUGAAGUCUGCCCGCAACAACCAGAUACGAUCGGUCUACGACCUUGCCCUCAUAAUCCUAGACGAGUGCUCCAAUACUUUCUUUGAUCGAACCAAGACCGAGGACAGUCAACCUCAGGUCAUGGAUAUUUUCUCCGAGGCGAUUGGCAAUGUGACAAACCAACACACCAUUUCAUUCCAGCACGUAUGGCAUUGGACGCAGAAGGCGUCGCACGUGUAUCGGUCCAAGUCCAAGUUUGUUGACUCAUCCCAACUCCAUGUCCCCUUGCUCGAUAUCCACCCCGAAGGUAAGCUGCAGCGCGAAGUCAAGGACAUUAUCGACGAGCUUGAUAUCAUGAUCCACAUCCACCGGAAGCAGAGGGAGGUGAUCAGGAGAUUCUGCAAGCAUGUCGAACAUAUCUUGGACCCCGAGGGCCAGUGGAAAGAUGGGCCAUGGGAUCAGCGACAUAAUGAACACAUGGAUUUGCACCGACCAAAUCGUUUGCAUAACGAUCCUGGCAGGGAGCGCGACAGGGCCACGAAAAAGGACCAGCUGUCCUGGUUCCGCAUGCAGUCUCAAGAGCUGCUUUCCGAGGUGGACGACCGGGUUGACGAGCUCGAGGGGCUGAGGAAAGGGGCCGAGAGCACGGCCACAAGUGUCAACGAUCUUCUGUCGUUGAAGCAACAGCAAGCUAGCGUCGUGCAGGCCUGGGAGUCGGUCAACCAAGCCGAAGAGGCAGUCCGCCAAGGACGGUCAAUCAUGAUGUUCACCACUAUCACUAUCGUUUUCCUGCCUCUUUCCUUUAUGACGAGCUUCUUUGGCAUGAACAAUAUCGAGUUUGGAAGCAGUGGCACGUACUGGACCAUCGCCGAGCAGAUAAAGCUUAUGCUCCCCAUAUCCUUUGGAAUUGUCCUUAUUUCUAUCAUCGUCACAUUCAGCAACCUGUUGCGGGCCAGUGUAUGGUCCGUGUACACCUACGUCGUUACCUGGCUCAUGGUCAAACUCGGCCUCUACAGGGUCUGGCUUACGUUCAGCGAUGAGUGGCACGCGCAACGACUCAUGCAAAAAACUGAAGAGGAGGUGCGGAAGAUGAAGGACGAGAUCCGCAAAGCCAAGAAGAUCAGAAGGUCAGAACGGCCCUUUUGCAAAAAGGACAAGGACAACGAGAACAAGGAGGGAGAGGGCACCGAGAACGAGGCAAAGAACGAGCACCGCAGUAGUCGUCCGAGUUUCUUUUCAAUCGAGUUGAACAAUAUUGAAGAUGGCCAUCCAAACCCGGGUACACAACGCAAACGCACCGCUGACACUGUCGCGAAUGGGAACGGUACGGGGAAUCACGCAGACACUUCAUCCCGAGACCAUUUCGCACCGCCAAACGGCCAGAGACCACCCAGUGCAAGCUCGUCGCAGCCCGUCGAGGAGCGAGUGUCAAGGGUCGAUGUUCCGAGUGCGCCGGCAGUCCAGAUGCAGCCAGAGCAUAUGGUAUGACUAAUGUAACAUUACUUUUCUUUCUUUUCCUGUUGUUGCGACACUGUUAGGCUAUGUUUGUCUCGGGAGUUUCAGAGAGCAGAUGAGGACAAGAUUCGUGUUCAGUGUCAUGUUUGUUUGUGAGUCAGGCGGCGUUUUGACAGCUCUGGCAGGAGGUUUCUGGUGGGGUUCUAUCGUCUCAUCAAAGACGUUGUUCACACAAUAGCUUUUCUAUUUUACGGAGAACGGCCCUAGGCCCCUUUGGAUUAUGAUUGUGGGAGCCGAAGCUUCGCGCGGAUUUUAUUAGCUCAAUAUUUGACGGCC